CCUGCUGUAUAUGAUCACUUGUUCGUGCCAGAGAAUGCUCGCGUACAGGAUGGCUUUCUGGAGCUCGUCGUUCCUGGUGGCCAGACCGAAAAUCCAAUACGAUCUGCCGAGGUCUUCACAUGGUUCAAUGUCCUGUAUGGAAGCGUGCGAACUUAUGCCAUCUUGACUGAGGAGCCGGGCGUCUGUAAUGGAAUGUUCAUGUACUUUGACGAUAAUCAGGAGACUGACAUCGAAUGGAUCAGCGAUCCAGAAUCUUUUGCGAACGUCGAUGCCAAUAAUGGGACCAGGGCUAUGCUCUACACAAACCAGAAUCUCGUCGAAGGUGUAGACGCCACCACCGUGUCUGGUCGCUCCGCCGUAGAUGCCACUUCUGCGGUCCAUGAAUAUCGCCUUGACUGGACCGAAGAUGCUACACGAUUCUAUCUCGAUGGCGUGCUGCAGCAGACCAUCACAGAGAACGUUCCCACUGUGCCGGGACAAUGGCUCUGGAACAACUGGGUUAAUGGAGAUCCCUACUUCACGGCCGGCCCACCUGUGGGAGAUGCAGUCUUCAAGAUCCAGAAAAUUGUAAUGUUC